AUGACAGUGAGGCACUGGCAGUUUGAAAUGAACACAAGGUUUCAUAUAUCUGGAUUUAGGACACAGAUCAUUAAAGACUUACUAAAUCCUCUGGACAUCUUUGGAUUCUUAAAUGGACUGAUUUGGGACUUUUUUCACUUUUUAGCCCAUAAAGAAGGAUUUAUGGAAGAAUACAAAAAUAUGACCCAAUUCUCUGAUUUUUAUCUUAUUGGAUUCAAUGACCUCCCUCAAUGGAAUGUUUUUCUUUUAGUUUUAUUUAUUUUCUCGUUUGUGGUUUCUUUGUUUGGAAACUCUCUUAUAAUUUUUUUAAUCAUCUUGGAUUCCAGUUUACACAAUCCAAUGUAUUUAUUUUUAAUGAAUCUUUCCUUUUUAGACAUGUGCUCUAUUUCAGUUACUGCCCCACAAGUCAUGAUACUGUUUAGAUCACCAUAUUACAAAGUUUCUUUCCCAAACUGUAUAGCACAGGUAUAUUUUUAUCUUGUCUUCACCAAUGCAGAAUUCUUCCUUCUCCCGGUCAUGGCAUAUGAUCGUUAUGUUGCAAUCUGUAAUCCAUUGCAAUAUCAUAAACUCAUGAAAAAGGGAGUCUGUAUCAUCCUUGCAGCAGCACCUUGGGUCUUUGGAUUUGUGGACACACUUUCUUAUACCAUAUUAACCUCUCAGCUGUCUUACUGCAAGUCUCAUGUGGUCAAUCAUUUCUUCUGUGACCUUACAGCUCUUAUGAAAUUAUCGUGUAGUGACACUUCCACCAUUGAACUUGUAACGUUUAUUGACGGAGCUAUCUAUGGCUUUGCACCAUUUUUCAUAACGCUGACUUCAUAUGCAUAUAUUAUUGCAAAUGUGCUGAAGAUUCGCUCAGUUAAUGGCAGGAGAAAAGCAUUUUCCACAUGCUCAUCACACAUCACCGUUGUUAUUCUAUUCUAUGGGACAAUCAUAAGUAUGUAUAUGAGACCCACCUCAGACUAUUCACCAGCACAAGAUAAACUCUUUGCUGUUUUCUAUACAACUGUUAUUCCAAUGUUUAAUCCUUUGAUAUACUCAUUAAGGAACCAGGAUGUUAAAAAUGCUUUUAAGAAAAUGGUUACACAUUCUUUUUCUUCAUUGAAAAAUAAUUAA